GUUCUCUGUCAACAAUAGACUUGGGUUUGGCCUCGUUAUCCAUUUCGGGCGGCUUGCUACCUACCUACCUACCACGCCACACCACACCACACCACAUGCCGUUGUUAGACUUUUUUUUCUUCACCUAUUUUCUCUCAUAUAUCUCCUGUCUUUCUAUAGCGACUGUGUCUGUGUAUGUGUGUGCGUCUGUCUGCCUAUGUGUGCCUAUAUGUGCCUAUAUGUGUGUGUCUGUUCUUGAAGCGUGGUGUGAUGUAUUGAUUUUCUCCCUUGCAUCGAAUCAUUGCUCCUCCCCUUUGCUGCUCCCUCCGAGCCUCGAGCAAUGCUUCCUUCCCUCCCUUCCCCCUUCCUUUCUUGCUCGUGUACUUGUAUAUAUACAUAUUUCCGGGGUUGGUCUUAUUUCAUGCUCUGCAGCGGGCUGUGGGGUGUGAUUCUUUUAUGGUAUUCUUCUUUUGUUGAGAGAAGAAGGAAUAUUAUACUACUUUUUUGGGUAUUAUUUUGUGCGUGCAUGCAUGCGUGACGCGACUCCCGACUCACUGUAGCCUGGGGAUGUGGGGGUGGU